AUGAAGGUGCUCCAGAAACCAGGAAAGGAGGAAAUAAAUUCCCUUCCUGAGUCUAAGGAGGCGGAGAGCGCGUCGGCGCUGCCCCGAGUCCCGAGGGGCGGCAGCAGCGCGCUUCUGCAGCAGCCGCUGCUCAGCCACACCUCGCAUCUCUUCACAGCGUUUCUCCAAACUUCGGGAUCCGAACAGCGACCCCGUACCGUAAAAAGUAGCAUCGGUGACCCGCAGGCCAGCGGCUUGCGAACAGUUUGCUGUCACCGUGCACCGGCAACUUUGUGCCGGCCGCCCGCGCCCUCUGCGUCGGGAGCGGACGGGAAGGUGCGCCAGGAGCAGGGGCGGGCGCGGGGCUGGCGGCUCCGCUCCGGUGCGCAGGAUGCCGCACCCGCCUCAGCCGAGGCCCCGGUGACUGACAGGCGUUGGGGGCGCGGCCCCGCCUGCAGCCCGGGGACGCCGCGCACCGCCGCGGUUCUCCGCUCCGCCGGGGACGCCAGGGCCGGGCGCCGCGAGCCGUGCCGCCCCGAGCCCGCCGUGCCUCCCCGCCGCGAGCGCAGCCGCAGCCCCGCGGCCCUGCCCCGCGCCCGCCCCGCGCCCGCUCUCACCUGCCCGGGUCGCCAGCGGCCGCUCAGCCUCCUCAGCCACCGCAGCCCGCGGCGCGCGUCCACCGCGCCAAGCCCCGCCCCGCCCCGCCCCGUGAGGCGGGGCCAAAGCGACCGCUCCGGAAUCUCGCGAGGCUUGACUCCAGGGUUUUAA